AUGUACAAAUUUGGUUUUGAUAAUUGUGAUAAAAUUAUUGAAUUAAGUGAAGAAGAAGUUCAUCGUAUUCCAUAUCUCUUAACAUUAAUAUCACGUAACGAUGAUUUUUUGUCAAUAAAAAAUAAUAAAAAUGAGUACAUAUUACACUAUCCAAUAUGUUAUAAUUUAUUAAUUCCAAUUUUAAAUUCAAUUAAUAAUGAAAAACCGUAUAGUUUAUUGAAUGAUUUAUCAAUAAAUGAAAAUAUUUUCGAUGUCCUUCAAUUGUUUGAUUAUCUUUGUUUAAAUCAAUCCAAGUCUUUAAAUAAUCAAGAUAAACGUUUUAUAUAUCAUCGAGCAAAAAAUCUUUGUGGAGUUCGAAAUAUUGCUACUCGAUUUGUUCUUUCUUUAACUAGAAAUGAACAUAACUUAAAUGAUUCACGAACAAUUGAAUAUGUAUUCUCAAUUGAUUCAAAUAUUUAUUUUUAUGAGGAUAAUCAAAUGAUUCCAAUUGAUUUUAAAAAUGAUUUUCUCUGGAAAGGUUAUUUUGAACAUAUGAUAAAUAAGCUAAUAAAACAAUCAUAUAUUAUAACAGAUGGAGCAACAAGUCCUGGGAAGUCGUCUUUACUCAGUAGAUUAUGUGGAAAUCAUGUAAAUGAACCUUCUAGGAGUACUUAUAAUCUUUCACAAAAUAUUGAACAAACUGAAACAGAAUCAUUUAUUUUUCUUGAUACUCCUGGUCUUUUAUCGAAUAAAGAAUCGACUGAAUCAACAUCGUUAACAAAAAAUUCAGAUUUAUAUUUAAAUGAAUCACAAGUAGCGCGAUUAGGUUAUUUUAAUACACGAUCUAAACAAAUACAAGUUGAUAAAUUUAAACAUAAAUAUAAAACAAAGGUUGAAAAAUAUCGAUAA